ACUGGCGUCUGUUAUCGCGUUCUUUGUCGUUGAUGUACUUGUAGGUGAUUGCCGUCCGCUUCAAUAACAACAACCGCCGCUGUGCGAGCGUGGCUUACCUCAAAGGUCAGCCGAUUUCCCUCUGUUUCUCUCUGGAUUGUCUUGACACGUAACGAAUAAGAAACACCAUGGAGGAAGAGGAGCACUUUGUGAACAUAGACCUGAAUGAUGACAACAUCUGCAGCAUCUGUAAACUAGAGACGGACACAGGAACGCUUUCCUUUUGCCAUGUGUGCUUUGAACUGAGCAUAGAGGGUGUAUCCAGUGCCACCCUGCUGCACUCCAAAUCUCUACGUGGGCAUAGAGACUGCUUUGAAAAGUACCAUCUCAUCGCCAACCAGAAGCUCUCCCGCGCCAAGGCCUCCCACAGCAGGUAUGAGGGCGUGAAGCGGGCUCUGAGCCAGCGAAUCAACCGCAUCUUACAAUACGCCCAGAACAGAGACUCUGUAACCGCUGAGACACCUGGACGCUGGGGGGCCAAACAGAUUCUGUGUCACACUCAGCAGGGCGGAAGGAAGCUCGUGCCUCAGUCCGAUGCCCAAGUUCCCCGUUACGCCCCACGGUGGGCAGAGGAGGCGUCGAUGGUGGAGUCAGAGUAUGGGAAAACCAUGCUGGACUGCCAUUCUGCAGAGGAGCUUGGUCUCGGCCUGCUGCAGGGCUCACGCCAGGGACUGUGGGCUGGAGAGAGACACCACCCACAAGAACAGCAGAACCGAGAGCAGAGGAGACACACAGGACACAGGCGAGAAGAGCUGGUGAGGAUGAGUGUGGAGGAGCUUCAUCAGCUGAACGAGCAGCUACUGCUACAGAUACAAAAUGUGUUUGAGGAGCUGUCUGUAGCUGUGCAGGAGAAGGACUCUCUUUCAUCAGAGCUUCACGUACGGCACAUAGCCAUCGAGCAGCUCUUCAAAAACUGCGCCAAGCUGCCGUGGCUCCAGAUCGGGCGGGCUGGGGUCAAAGCUGGCAACAACCCAGUGGAAUGAGUGCUUCUCUGGGACAACAGAGUCCCUCAAAGACCAAACAGAAGAUCGCAGCUCCAAGCAGAAUCUCAUGGAGGCUCGAAGUUCAAACGGAAUAGAAACGCACAACACUGUGCUAAUGAGUUUAAAGUCCCCUUGCUCUAAAAGGUGACAUCUGAAUUCUCAGCAAAAGUACUGGACUUUUUGCAGACGUGUCCAAAGUGUUUCUAUGCAGAAUGAGGUGUUUUUAAAACUUUACAAAGACUUUU